AUGGUUACAUUAUUUGAAAAUCCUCAUGAAUCAGCAUUGGCAAUGUUUUUAUUACAAGUAUUUAUUACAUUAAUUGUAUGUAAAAUUCUUGCUAAACUCUUAUCAUUUAUUGGUCAACCACAAGUUAUUGGACAAAUCAUUGCUGGAAUUAUUUUUGGUCCAUCAAUACUUGGUUAUGCUAAAGGAUGGUCAUCUGCUAUAUGGCCUGCAUCAACAUUGAAAAUUUUUCAAUUAAUAGCAAAUUUAGGUUUAAUAUUUUUCAUGUUUUUUCUUGGAUUAGAACUUGAUUUAAAUCAAAUAAAAGCAAAUUGGAAAGUAACAAUUCCUGUUGCAUGUGUCAGUAUAAUUGUACCUGUGGGUAUUGGUUGUGCUGUUGCUUUAUGGUUUUAUGAAUUAAAUGAUGGAAUAGUAGCAAGUAAAACAGCUUUUAUUUUAUUUAUUGCUUCUGGUUUUGGCUUUUCUGCAUUUCCUGUAUUAGCAACAUUAUUGAAUUCGAUGAAUUUACUUAAUGAACCAAUUGGUAUUCAAACAAUAUGUUUAGCUGCAGUUGAAGAUAUUGUUGUUUGGGUUGUUUUAGCUGUUGCUAGUGCUUUUUCAUCAGGUGGUUCGGCUCUUCAAGGUCUUUAUACAUUAUUAUUAACAUUAGCAUUUAUAGCAAUAAUGAUAUUUAUAAUACGACCAAUAUUUAAUCGUAUUCAUGGUUUUUAUCUACAACGUCAUGAUGAUUGUAAUGUUUAUAUUGUUGUUGGUUGUUUUUUAUUACUUUUAAUUGCAUCAUUUACAACUGAAGUUAUGGGUAUUCAUGCAUUUUUCGGAGCAUUUAUUGCUGGUCUUUGUAUACCACGAAAAGGUGAAUUAGUUGAAUUUUUAUCAAUACGUAUUGAAUUACUUAUUGUUGAAUUUUUCUUACCUCUUUAUUUUGCGAAUAGUGGUUUGAAAACACGUUUAAAUCUUUUAAAUACUGGUCGAUCAUGGUGGACAUUAGCUAUACUUAUUAUUUUAGCUUCAGUAUCCAAAAUAAUCCCAGUAACAAUCGCAACAAAAAUAUGUGCAAGAAAAUCUUGGUAUUAUUGUGCAUCAAUGGGUGUUUUAAUGAAUACACGUGGUAUUGUUCAAUUAGUUGUUUUAAAUAUUGGUGUACAACUUAAAGUUAUAUCACCUGUUAUAUUUGCCAUGUUUGUUUUAAUGGCAACUAUUUUAACACUUUUAACUUCACCAAUUUUAUCAUUUCUUUAUAAACGUGAUUCGGAUCCGAAGAUUUUAGAAGAAUCUAAAACUGCAUAUGAUUUACAUAUGGUUUUAGAAGGAGAAAAUAAUCUAAAUAGACCUUCAAUUGAUAAAAAUGAUCUAUCAAAUGCAACAAUAACAGCUAUUGUAGAAACGAAGAGAUUAUCAACAUCAUCAAAUAAUGAAAAUGGACAACGAAGAAAAUCUUCUCGAAUGACUUUAUUUUAA